AUGGGACAGGUCAUUAAGAAGAAGACCUCGGAACGGACGUUGGUGGAUGGUGCUGCUGACAUUGGUGAAAGCAUGUUCUUCAAUGUGUCCAGGAGUAGAUUAAUGAAAAGCCAUCUACGUUUGAGCAUCGUAUGUGGAACUGACCAAUAUUGCAAAAGCAUCGGUCACGUCACACUUGGACCGAAAACAAGCGGAAAGGAACUUGGUCACUGGAAACGUGCCCUUAGCGGUGAAGGACCUCCAUUGGCAACUUGGCAUGCAGUUCGACCGCGAAGUACAGCCUUAGGACUUUGA